AAUUAAUAAUAAUCUAGUUGUAAACGUUAAUCUUCCUCUAAUCUUCAGUAUUAAGCAUUAAUCUCAGUUGAUAAGCCCACGAUAAAUCCUCACCUUCGCAUUCCUAACUUGUAUUGGAACGAGCAGAAAGCAGAAAAUGAUGUCUCCCAAACAAAUCUCUGAGGAUCGAGGAUCUCCUAAUUUCAGACACACACCUUUGCAGAUAAUUCAUAUCCUCGGAAACUUCUUUAGAAUAUGGUCGGUUUACUCCAUGUAUCACUAUUUCACUCAAACAGGAGCUUCAUCAGUACUUUUCAUCUUCUGCUGUUUGGUUCCAUCUUCCCUCCUGUUUUUGUUGUUGCAAAAGCCAUGGAAGGGAAGACCACUUUCUAAUAGUCAGGUUUAUCCUUCUGUGGUAAACGGUGCCAUAACCGCGAUAUACUUCAUCUUGUGGGUAAAGGGGCUUAAAUCAUGUGGACCACUUAGGGCUAUAAUGGCAGAAUAUUCUGGUGCUGUGCUAGGAGUAUUAUCUGCAGUAUUAUAUGGGCGAAGAGGCCAUGUUUGGAAAAAGGUUGGUGGGCUUAUUGCAAUGUUGGCAGCACUUUACUUAUUAUCUCAAGGAUGGGCUAUGGCAACUUUGUCUCCAUUUUAUAUCCUGUUGUGUGUUAAGCUUUACUUAGUUUUCAAGCUAAUAGGCUUGUUGUUCACUAUCAUUUCAUCUGCUUCCGUCUGUUUUUAAUCUUUUCUUGUAUUGUUCAACUAUCAACUUCUUUUUCUUAUGCUGAACAUUUUGCCUUUUCAAGUUUUUUGAAUAAACUUAACCAGAGAGUACCAUUCAGAGACAACCUUGACAUAGAGGUUCAGACAAAAGAAGCAUUGGGUAUGACAGAGAUGGUGGUUCCAAUCUUGGCUGGGAUCUUAUCAGCUUUGAGAAGGGUUAUUGCACGGCGUGUUUCACUGAAGAAUCAACUUAAAAGGCGGCUUAAUGCAGUAACAAUUGCUUCUGCAACAUGUUUCCUAUUCCCUGUGGCCAUGUGGGACUUGAUCAUUGGAUCCACCUCUGGUAGCAGUGUGGAAUUGCCUUUCUCUGCCUGGGCAUUUUUGAGCACCAUAUUCUUUGGAAUCAUCUUGAUAUUCUAUGUUGAUAGUAUUGCAGAGGAGAGGUUGCACAUGGUAUUCUCUUCCCCAAGGCAUUUAAUGGUUGCUGGAGGAUGUAUAAUUAUCAUGGAGACAUUGUACAAAAUGGACUUCUCUCUUCCAGGCUUUGUAAUUUGCUCCUCAGUAUUGGGCUUUGGAAUAUAUGAGUCAACUGCUUUGGACCGAAGUAGGAAAGAUUCAUUUCAAAAGCCAAAUCCAUCAAACGGGAUAAUAGAAGAUGAACUUCAAAUGUCAUCACUUCCAACUUAAUUUGUGAAUCAGAAUUUACACAUAUCACAAGCAGUUUUCUUGCAGCAUUCUUUCGGAGAUGUUGAUGCAUGUCUCAAGGUCUUCUAUCCAAAUUCUUUUGUUGACGAAAAUAGUAUGAUCAUUAACUAAUUGUUUAAAUGAUAAAGCAAAUAUUUCAUAGUUAGGACGCUCUGAGACAAGUUCAAUCACGAUGUAAAAUUCAUUGACAUGUAACCUAUUGUUACUAGUUCUAUGCUAUUAGCCGAAGGAUUAUUCUUGCCUGGUAAGGUCUUUCACGGAUAAUCUUAUGGAGUUGUGAUCAAUGGAAACUCAAUCAAAUUGUUUAACAUUA